AAGUAGAUAAAACUUUUUAAAUAUUUUUCAGAUGACAACCAAAAAGUCUAGUUGUUUGAUAGUUUGCAGUGGAUCAAUCUCUGGUGUGUCAGCGCAAUCAUUUAUACAUUCGUUUACCCUUAUUCAUUCAGCAUUUAAUGUAUCGAUUGUCACACCAAAUGGCAACCCUAUUGAGUUUACCAACAUUGAUGAUAACAGCAGCAGGUGGUUAAAAGAGUUUAAAUCGAAACCUUUUUCGAUUCCAGCUAAGUUAGAAGAAGUUGAUGCAUCAAGCUUUUCUGCAAUUUUAAUUCCCAGUGGUCUUGGCUGUCUCUAUGAUUUAGCUACAAGUUCAGCUCUUAGUAGCUGCUUAGUUUCAUUUAUGGAUGACAACAAGCCUAUAUGUGCUGUUGGGCAUGGAGUUGCAGGACUAUGCUCGGCCAAAAUGAACAAUGAAUGGUUAUUUAAAGAAUAUUCUCUUACUGCACCAUCAUUGCUGGAAUUAAGUAAUUUGGAUAAUUUUAGUAGUUUUCCUAUUAUUUUGGAAGAUUUUAUUAAAGAUAAUGAUGCUUGUUACAGUAAAAGCAAGCCAAACUGUACGCAUGUUAUAAUUGAUAGGUGCCUUAUAACAGGACAGAACGAUUCAUCAACACUUUCUGCAGUACAAAACUUAAUAUUAUUAUGUAAUGCGCGCCAGGGAAAAGGAAAAUAGUUCUAUGCUUUUUUAUUA